AUGAGAGCGAGAUUGUUGGUUUUCCCGAUUAAAGGGAAGAACUGGUGUUUUAGCAGAUCUGUUGAUCCUUUCGCUGCUCAGUCGCCGUCCGGCGUUACUCCGACCACUGUACGAGGUUUAUGGAAGAAGAUAUCAUCCGAAUCCAAGCCCAUCAAUGCCAACGCGGAGCUUCUCGUCGAUUUCAUCUCUGACAAGAUGAAUAAAGCUUGGAUGGGUCUUGAGAAAGCGCCUGAUGGGUCAAUCAAGAACAAGAUUCAUGGGUUAGGACUGAAGCUUCUGGCUCGUGUUAAGCCGUCUGAGAUUUUCCUGAAGUCUAUAUCUAAAGAGGUCACUUCUGUACAAGUCACUUAUCCUCCAAGUUUAGAUCCUAGACUUGUACGCAGGAGGCUACGCCACAUUGCCAUGAGUGGAACAAUCCUGCACAAGAAGUACCUAAUGGGUUCAGUGACUUUGCUUCCAUUGACCAGUGCAUUUAUGAUAUUGCCAUUACCAAACAUACCAUUCUUCUGGGUCUUAUUCCGCACAUAUUCCCACUGGCGAGCUCUUCAGGGAAGUGAGAAGCUGCUCAAGCUCAUCUCAAACCAGUCAAGUCCCCAGAAACCAAACUCAGCUGAUGAUGCAGAUGAAAGCAACAACAACAACGAGAAACCGGAACAAGAGUCUCGAUCUCCCACAUGUGUUUUGCUGCCAUCAGAAGAGUUAUACAAGCUACUUGGUGAAGCUAGCGAGGAAGGGCUCGACGAGGAGACCAUAGUAGAGAUUUGCAAAUCCUUUCAUCUUAAUAAGAUCGAUGUUCUUAAAUAUCGCAAUCUAGUCUAA